AUGGGAGUCGAGAACGACUCUGAAUCCACGGACGAGAGCGUGCCCCAGCUAUUCAGUAUGCUGGACCUCGCGCAACUGAAUUCGCCAGAAGACAUCGAAACUAGAUUUAGCACGAUUGCAUCUGCUCUACUAAACGACUACCGGCUCUCGGUGGCUACUGAACACGGCAAGACCGAGUACGACUUCAUGGAGAUCGAGUUCUACCUCUACCGACCUGGCUGCCAUGCAGACCCAUUCACGCACCGAUCGCACGAACAGCAAUAUGCUGGGCAAUGGUACUUCCACCGUGCACCGCGACGAUCGGGAAAUGAACAGCCUUCACAGGCGCAGGGCAGCGGCUACAGAGGAGGGACGCGGAAAGGACUCGACCUCACGAUUGGCGUUGCGGAACGCGACGCGACGCGUACGGAGAGCACGCAAACGCGGGGAGGCAUUCUGCUGCGGACGUUACGACGCGUAUCAGACCAGAAGGUCUUCUCUGGUCCGUCUCUCCUCGUUGACGAGAUCCUGCGCGCAAGUCGCGCCAAGUCUGUCGCGGAACUGGUCACCGCUAGGUUGCGUGGGGAUAUAUCAGCGUUCUCCAUCUCGGUUGGAGGGGCUGUGGGCAGCGCACCCCCCGUCACGGUUCCCGCUGCUACGAAUGCUCAUCUACGGCUGAUGCGCAUUCAACCUAAUCGGGGCCGCUUCAAACCGCGUAUCUUCCAGUCGCCACGGAUUGGCCUUGAUCUCUCGAACCCUGAUAUUCCGAAGGAGAAUCCUCAUUACCACUCCAGAGUCCAAUUCGUCGCGAAGCACUAUCGGUACUUCGUCCAUCCGCAUCUUCUGACGGCCAACGGUCGCGGCCAGACGUUCCUGGGUGUAUAUUUGCAGUGUACUGCUCAGCCGCAGUUCGAUGACGACGACGAGAUCAUUGAGGAGGUCGCGCGUCUGACCGGUCUGAAGGUGCAGACGGCUAGGAACUACCUAGCAGAGUACCGAUGGGGACUGGAACAAGGCCAGCUGAAGGCGUUCCUUGGGACCGCCGGGAAGGGUGCCUCUGCUGCGCCGGCUACGUUCUUGCGGAUGAUGGGCACUCUGGCGAAGCUCGAUUCGCAACAACAGGCAUAGCUGCAACGCACCGUCGAGGCGUAGAUCGAUCCAACCAGGUCGUGUGGUCGUACCAAAGUCGUACUCUACGCGUGCACGCUGGUGUUAGAUGCAUGGUGAUCAAUAUGACGGAC